AUGCAGUUUAUUGCAGAAGCGAAAUCCCGUCGCGCUUGCAUUUUGUCGAGAAAGUGGAGGCACAAGUGGUCCUCUAUUCCACGACUCGUGUUUGAUAACCAAUGUACCGGCAGCAAUGUUUAUGGAGAACCUUCGCAAAACCUGGUGAAGAUAAUUGACAGGGUGCUAAUGCUUCAUAGUGGCCCAAUAGAGACGUUCGUGCUCUCUAACGUGGGAUUUUACACUCUCCGUGACAUUGAUCACUGGAUUCUUCAUCUAUCCAAAGUCUCCAUCAAACAGAUCACACUCUCUAUCCAUACCUGGCAGAAAUACCACAUUCCCACAUUCUUCUUCAAUUGCCAGGACUUGAUUCUUUUGAAGCUCUACGGUUGUUCGGCAAAUACCCCAUCUUCGUUUGAAGGAUUCGAGAACUUGAGCACUCUGUAUCUUCAGCGUGUUGAGCUGUCUCUCAAUGGACUUGAGGCUCUAAUAUUUCGCUGCCCCCGACUAAAACAUUUGACUUUGAAGGAUCUAGAGGGGAUUACACGAGUUGACAUUGAAGCAGCUCGCAACCUUGAAUCGCUUGACAUUGGAGGAGCUUUUCUAAAGGUCACUUUUGGUGUUAUGAACCCUUUGAAGUCGGUCACGGUACGGUUCAAUGAUAAUAGUGAAAAUAGACAUGGACCUGGCAAUUCCAACUCGAACUCGAGCCAUUUGCAUAAAUUCUUCCGAGAUGUUCACAAUAUUCAGAUUCUCAAGAUCGAAAAUUACUCUUUGAAGUAUUGGGCUCUAGGAGAUGUUCCACAGACACCGCCUCAUGCACUCGUUCAUUUGAAGUUCCUCUCCAUAUGCAUAGAUUUCAAUAGUAAAGAGCAGAUUUUGACUGUUAUGUGCCUAAUUAGAAGCUCUCCUCAAUUGAAAAAUGAGAAUGAUCACCGAAGUGAUCAUCCCAAGAAUCAACAAAUGACAAUGGCCAAAUUUUGGAAAGACCAUCACCACUCGUAUUGCCUGGAACAAGUACAACUCGUAUCGAUGAGAAAUAUAUAUGGCACUGAGCCAGAGCAGGAAUUCAUGAAGUUUCUGCUUACUAGUUUGCAGAACCUACAAACGAUCAUCAUCCGGCUUCGCGUCGGGAUUGUGGAAGGCAAGUUGCUCAGGGAGUUGCUGCGGUUCCGGCGAGCCUCGGUGCAAGCAGAGGUGAUCUUUCUCUCACCCAUUUCCGAUGACACAUGGGAUUUAUAG